AAAGUUGUGCGUCAAGGCUACAUCCAAGAUACUUUAUCCCACUUUUUACACAAGCUUAGUAUUUAUUCGUGUAUGUUACUUGGUUUUUGAUUUUCAGAGUUUUGUUUAAAAACACUUUCUCGGUAUGAUAAAGAGAACAAGGCUGAAUAAUCUCGGGUUAAACCUGUCAUUGCUAAGAGAGAAAAACAAAAGUUGAUGCGUUUUUUUUUAUAGUUUUUGGUCCACAUCUCACUGCCGCCAUGGAGAUAGAGAGUAUGGUGGCGAACAGCGCACUCAUCAGAGCCAGGGAAGCUGGAGAAGGAAAAGGCAGGAGUUGGAGAUGGAGAGACAUGCUCCGCUUCCCUCACAUCAGCCAGUGCAUGACACUAGCCAACACCAUCGAGCGAAGAUUCUCCAGCCUGUGUGUGGAGCAGCCUAUUGGUAGAGAACUGUUCCGUCUCUUUUGUCAAAGUACAUGUGAGCUGCAGAGCUGCAUCUCUCUAUUGGACAAAAUGGCGGAGUAUGAGGUGAAAUCAGAUGAGGAGAGGACGGGUUUUGGCAUUCAAAUCAUUAACAGAUUCCUAAAUAGACAGUCACCUGAGUGUGUGAAGGUUGUGGAGAGCUACAGCCAGCAGUGUAGAGAGAGCCUGGAGGAGUGGCCAAGUAAAGACAUCUUCCUUGAAUGCGCAGAAUAUGUCUAUGAGUACCUGAGCGGGGAACCCUUCUUUCAGUACCAGCAGAGCAUGUUCUUUGACCGGUUCCUGCAGUGGAAGAUGCUGGAGGGACAGCCUGUUACCAAACACACCUUCAGAUGGUACAGGCUGCUGGGCAAGGGGGGCUUUGGUGAGGUGUGGGCAUGCCAGGUACGGGCCUCUGGGAAGAUGUAUGCGUGUAAGAAACUGGAGAAGACCCAUGUGAAGAAGAGGAGAGGAGAGGCCAUGGCCCUCAACGAGAAGCUGAUACUGGAGAAGCUGAACAGCAGAUUCGUGGUCAGUCUGGCGUAUGCCUAUGAAACCAAACACUCUCUCUGUCUGGUGCUGUCUAUAAUGAACGGAGGGGACCUGCGGUUCCACAUCUAUAACAUUGGUACUCCGGGCCUGGAGUGGGACAGGGUCCAGUUCUAUGCGGCUGAGGUCUGCUGUGGCCUGCACCACCUCCACCAGCAGAACAUUGUCUACAGAGAUUUAAAACCAGAGAACAUCCUUCUGGAUCACAAUGGGCACAUCCGCAUCUCGGACCUGGGCCUGGCGGUAAUGCUGUCUGAGGGGAGUCUGGUACGAGGCAGGGCUGGCACUCUGGGCUACAUGGCUCCAGAGGUUAUUAGCCAUAGCUACUACGGGAAGAGCCCUGAUUGGUGGGGCCUAGGCUGCCUUGUGUAUGAAAUGACUGCAGGAAAGCCUCCGUUCAAGGGACAUGGCGAACGGUUAACGGAAAGUGAGAUGGAGCGAAGGAUACAGGAAACAGAAGAGGAGUAUGGGAAGAUAUUCAGAAACGAGGCGAAAGACUUCUGUCGCUCUCUGUUGACCAAAGACCCAGCACAGAGGCUGGGGUGUCAGCAAAGUGGCGUGGAAGGUGUUAUGUCCCAUUCCUUCUUUGGAACCAUCAACUUCAGGAGGCUUGAGGCUGGAGUCAUUGAAGCACCCUUCAAGCCUGAUCCCAGGGCAGUGUACUGCCAGGAUGUUCAGGACAUCGAUGAGUUCUCCACAGUGAAAGGAGUUAUGUUGGAGAAGACAGACAAUGAGUUCUACAUGAAGUUUAACACAGGCCGUGUUGCCAUACCCUGGCAGACUGAGAUGAUAGAAAUGGGUUGUUUCAAGGAGCUAAAUGUUUUCGGGCCUCAGGGUUCUAGACCCGCUGACCUGGACUGGACCCAGAACCCUUCUCCCGACAACCCCAAGCACUCUCGCAACCUUCUGAGCCGUAUCUUCCGCAGACAUCACCCUGAGGAUACAGACAGCAACAGACCAAUCCUCACCGCCACGUCCAUGGAGCCAGAUGGCCGGAUACGCACUGCACUCUAGGAGCUGAGUCACAGCACCACGGAGGAACUAAAGGAGAACCGCAGCCCUGGAAGACAGCCAGUCAGAAGGUCAUCAGUCAAUAAGCAGACUGGUCAAUACUGUAGGCCUUCUGGACAUCAACAACACUGACAGCCAGAGAAUAAUGAAAACAUUUGGAAUAUCUUUCAUUUUGGACUCCGUUUUCCCCAUCCUUUAAAGAUUGCGCACAUUAAAGAAAUGUUUUUCAGCAGCUCAGGCCACAAACCAGCUUGAACCGUCACUCUGAUUUUUUGUACCUACCUGUUUUGUAUGCAAUAAUAACCUCAUAAUAAAAAAA